GGGAGAAUAGAAUGUUCCCUUCCUCCAAGAAGCCCAGCAGCACCACGGUGAGCUCGUCACUUAAUGAUCGGGCUGCCGCCGCAGCGUGCGUGCAAGCCGGCGACUCCGGGCUCGUCCUCACUACCGACCCCAAGCCCCGCCUCCGGUGGACCGUCGAGCUCCAUGACCGCUUCGUCGACGCCGUCGCGCAGCUCGGAGGCCCAGACAAGGCAACUCCGAAGACUAUCAUGAGGGUUAUGGGAGUCAAGGGUCUCACGCUCUACCAUCUCAAGAGCCAUCUUCAGAAAUUCAGGCUAGGGAAGCAGCACAAAGAAUUUGGCGAUCAUCACUCCGUCAAGGAAGCCAUGGAGAUGCAACGAAAUGCAGCGUCCUCUUCGGGUAUGAUGGGAAGAAACAUGAACGAUCGCAGCACGCACAUGAACGAGGCACUAAGGAUGCAGAUGGAGGUCCAACGAAGGCUCCACGAGCAGCUAGAGGUGCAGAAGCACCUCCAGAUGAGGGUGGAGGCCCAGGGGAAGUACAUGCAGUCCAUCCUAGAGAAAGCCUACCAAACUCUGGCGUCUAGCGACUGCGCCACCUGGCCUGCAGCUGCCGGGUACCGAUCUCUGGGCGGCACCCAGGCGUCAGCGGUGCUCGACGUCGGCGGCUCCAUGAGCUUCCAGGAUCUGACCCUGUACGGUGGGACCUCGAGCCAUCUGGACCUGCAGCAUCACAUGGAGAUAAGGCCAACAAUGGCCAUGGAUAGCUUCUUGGCGUUCAAUGAGAGCUGCAUUGGGGCAGCAGACAGGAGCUGCUCCACUGGGAAGACCCCGAUGAUGUGGGGCGACGGCGAUGAGCAGGCGAAGAGUGGUGAUGACCUCCUUCAGAUGGCACCAUCCUCGUCGAUGAUGAUGGAUGCUGCCGGUGGCAGUGAUGGCGGCAUGGAUCCGAUCAUGUCAUUGUCCGGCGACUCCCUGGGUAGUAAGGGCUUUGAUGGCCCGAUCAGCUCCAAGCUUGAGAUGAGGGCGUCUCCACAACAAGUAGGAAGUGAGAGGAACUUGUCCUACGGGUAAACGGUAAUAAAUAUCUGAAAUAUAUUAUUGUGUUUUAUUCUUCAUUGAA